AAAAAUCCGCGGUAAGUAGUACAUGAAAAUCAUCAAGGAUGGCGUUACAAGUACAAGUGUUAAUCGCUACGAUGAGUUCAUUUGUCAGUCGUCGUACAAAUGUAAAAAUAGCAGUAGGAGCUUUAGUAUGCGAAGAAAGUAUAUUAAAAGGGGAUAUCACUAUUGGACCAAAAACUAUAAUUCAUCCAAGAGCAAGUAUCAUUGCAGAAGCUGGACCGAUCAUAAUAGGUGAAGGAAACAUUAUAGAAGAAAUGGCAACUAUAGCAAAUAGGUUACCACCAGAUACUCCAGAACCAGCAACAAUUCCCGUACAAAUAAUAGGCAGUUAUAAUGUAUUUGAGACUGAUUGUACUUGUGAAGCAUUUAAAGUUGGAGAUAAUAAUAUUUUAGAAAGCAAAGCACAUGUGGGUCGAGAAAUUGAACUGACCAAUGGUUGUAUUAUUGGAGCAUCGUGUUCAUUAACAGAACCAGAUAUAAUACCUGAAAAUACCAUAAUUUAUGGUAAUGAGUGUCAACGUAGAGAAAUGCACGAUAAACCAUAUCCUCCAAUAAGUCAAAUAGAAUUUUUAUUAAAAAUCUUACCAAGCUAUCAUCAUAUUCGUAAAGCUAAUGUAAAGCCAAAUAAAAAUGAAGGAGGAAUAUAAUUUACUGCAUUACUAGGUAAAUUAUUUAUAUAUAUAUGAUUU